AUGGCGAAGAAGAACAAGAAGCAGACAACAGAUACCGAGGUCGAACCAGAGCUCAACGCGAACAAUGGCGACAAUGAUGAUUCUCGCGAUAAGAAAAAGCUUAAGAGAAAGAAUAAGAGAAAGAAAAUUCCCACAGUUAGCAUGGCUGUGCCUGCUUCCAUCAUUGACAACGUUCCAACUCUCGAGCUCGCUACGCGGUUGGCUGGACAAAUCGCUCGUGCCGCAACCAUUUUCCGAAUCAACGAGGUUGUUGUGUUUGAUAAUAAAAGUAACCCAAAUAAUGAUUCCGUGCUGGAUAAUUCGAAUGAUGAAAGUGGUGCUGCCUUUCUGAUGCGAAUCCUACAGUACCUUGAGACACCUCAGUAUUUGAGGAAGGCUCUCUUUCCAAUGCAUAACAGCCUAAGAUUUGUGGGCCUGUUACCACCCCUUGAUGCUCCACACCAUUUGCGCAAACACGAGUGGGGUCCAUAUAGAGAAGGUGUUACCGUAAAAGAAAGAGACUCAAACUCUGGGGCAACACUAGUUGAUGUUGGGCUAGUGAAGAAUGUUAUAGUUGACCAAAUAUUUGAACCAGGAAGAAGAGUUACUGUUGCGAUGGGUACCAAUCGCAAUUUGGAUUCUGAUUUACCACGCCAGGUUGUCUCAUCAUCUAAGCCUAGGGAAGAAGGAGCAUAUUGGGGAUAUCAAGUGCGAUAUGCUCAUAAUAUCAGCUCAGUAUUUAAGGAUUCUGCAUACAAGGGUGGUUAUGAUUUUAUAAUUGGUACCUCCGAGCAUGGUCGGAUUAUUAGAUCAUCUGAUCUUGAAAUACCUUCUUUCAGACAUUUAUUGAUUGCCUUUGGUGGAUUGGCUGGGUUGGAAGAGAGUAUUGAAGAAGAUGAUAACUUGAAGGGAAAAAAUGCACAGGAUAUAUUCAAUUUAUAUCUAAAUACGUGUCCACAUCAGGGGAGCCGAACAAUUCGAACAGAGGAAGCUAUUUUUAUCUCACUUCAGUACCUCCAAGAACCAAUCAGUCGAGCACUGUAG